AUGGCCGCCUCCACUGUAGCAGUCAGUGAGCUGCUACAUAACGUGAAUAAACACAUAAAUAUAUUGUAUCCAAAGGCUUCGUGUGUUAUUAGACGGAUAAGCACAACGAGUUGGAGAUGCGGCGGUCUGUCUCAGAGAGUGGAGAGUGCUCCCCAGCAGCUGGUUGGAGUGGUGGGUUUGGAAGUCCAUGCUCAGAUCAACUCCAACACCAAGCUGUUCUCCGGCUCGGCGGUUAAUUUCUCAGCGCCUCCCAACUCCCUGGUGUCACCCUUUGAUGCAUCCUUACCUGGCACAUUACCCGUCCUGAACAAACGAUGUGUCGAGGCAGCAGUGAUGACAGGGUUGGCUCUCAACUGCACCAUAAACAAGAAGUCAUUUUUUGACAGGAAACACUACUUCUACGCUGACCUCCCUGCUGGAUACCAGAUCACUCAGCUGCGGCGGCCCAUCGCGGUAGACGGCAUGCUGACUUACAGCCUCCUCGGAGGAAAGAAGAGGAGCCAGGUGAUCAGGAAAACUGUCAUCAUCAAACAGAUUCAGCUGGAGCAGGACAGCGGCAAGAGUCUCCACGAUGACGUCCGCAGCCAGACACUCAUAGACCUCAACAGAGCAGGUGUAGGUCUAAUGGAGCUGGUGAUGGAGCCAGACAUGAGCUGUGGAGAGGAGGCUGCUGCAGCUGUCAGAGAGCUCCAGCUCAUCCUGCAAGCCCUGGGCACCUGUCAAGCCAACAUGUCUGAGGGACAGCUGAGAGUAGAUGCUAAUGUGUCCGUCCACCAACCGGGUGAUCCUCUGGGCAUCAGGACGGAGGUGAAGAACAUCAACAGCGUCCGAUACCUGGCCAGGGCCAUAGACUACGAGAUCCAGAGACAGAUCGAAGUCCUGCAGAGAGGGGGAACGGUGCAAAACGAGACACGGGCGUAUGAUUCCAAAUCAGGGGAAACCAUUCCUAUGAGGGACAAAGAGGGUCUCCAGGACUACAGGUUUAUGCCAGAGCCCAACCUGCCCCCUCUGAUUGUGUAUGAGGAUAACGCAUCGCUGCCCACUGGCAUUGAUGCGUGCCAGGCGGUGGUCGUGCAGAACAUAAGGGCAGGGCUGCCAGAGCUACCCAGUGUCAAAAGAGACAGACUGGUGCAAACGUACGGCAUCCUGCCCGAGCACAGCUUCACGUUGGUGAAUGAGGACGGGCUGGUGGAGUACUUUGAGGCCGUGCUGAAGGCGACCAAGAAGGAGCCUAGGAAGGUGAUUGGCUGGGUGACAAAGGAGCUGGUGGGUCACCUCAAACAGGAAGACAUGAGCGUGAGCCAAAGCCCAAUCUCUCCGUCUGCCCUGGCUGAGCUGCUGGAACUCCAGGAAACCGGACACAUCUCCUCUUCGGUUGCCAAGCAGGUGUUCCAGGAGAUGUGGAGGUCAUCGGGCAAGACGGCCUCUCAGAUCAUCCAGGAGCAGGACUUGGGUCUUGUUAGUGACACCACACAGCUGCACAACAUCUGCCAGAAGGUGGUGGACUCACACCCUGAUGAGGUUCACGCCAUCAGAAAUGGAAACAAGAAGGUUCUGAAUAAGCUGAUGGGCCUGGUUCAGAAAGAGACCAAAGGUCGGGCUGACCCUGUUCUGGUGAGGGCAAUUUUACAAGAGAAGACUUCAUGAUUUGUCCUGCAAGACCCAACAAUGUCACAGAGACAGAGUCAAAUCAUGGCGAAUGUGGCCUUCAUGAAAGAAGAACGACAUGACAGCGAUGUUUGUAUAAAAAUCCAGAGUAAUCAUGUCCAUGUCACACAGCGACACAUGGUACCUGAGUUUUUGUUGGUUGAUAAAACUGUAAACUGUUGAUUAAGAGGUUGACAUUUUUGUAAAUACUGAACAAUGUUUUUGUCAAACAACAACCAUUAUCUUCCAUAUUUAUGUGUUUAAAAAGUAAUAAAGCUUUUUCGAUUG